GACUCAGACCAGACUGAAAAAAAGGGUAGGGAGUGCAGUGGAGCAGGCAGAAAGCAGCCCAGCAGACUCUGAGGCAGAGUCUCUGCGCAUUGACUAGUUGGAGAAGUGAGCAGCACCUGAGCGGCGUCAGGCAUCUGCUACCUGUUGAGUUUAUGGUGGAAGCAGACAGGAGUGACUAAUUCUUCAAGGAGAAGCAUCAAAAGAGCAGUUCUGGACCUUAGACUAAUUGAUUUAAGUGCUGUCCUUGCAGCUUUUUGAAACUUUUUUUUUUUUUAAGGAAACUGAUUUCUUUGGAUCUUGCACCACUUUGUUGCAUCCUGGAACUUCUUCUCAGUGUAAAAACCAGCAGGAGGGAAAAAAGAGAAGUUAACCAUCCUUCUCCAGCAGCUCUCUCAGCCCACCCUCUCUGCUUUGGACACCCCUCCUCUCUCUCUCUUUCUCACUUUCUUCUCCUCUUUUGCCCCCUGUGCCCUCCCUCAAACACCUCACCUCCCCCCCAACAGAGCAGAAAGCGUGAAAAAUCUCACUAAUGGCUUUAUUUGCUGUCAGUUCUGUGCCGCUCUGUCAUUCCCCUGGACCAUUCUGCUUCACACAUUUCAUAGUUGAGUAAAUCUCCUCGGCUGCCUGGCUAGACUUAGCAGUGCCCCUGCAAAGGCUGUGCUGUCUUGGAGCUCAAGAGGGGAAGAAACACAGCAGCACCACUCAGUCUGAGAACUUUGUGGACAAGGACAUUCAGAAACUUAAUUCCUCACGUGUUUUUUAGCCUUUAGCAUCUUCACCUUCUGUCAAAAAACACUUCUGGUCCUCAACUUCUCUGUAAGAUUUUCCUGAAGCGCCUUGGUGCUGAUUUGAAGUGUGAAGAUGAGGUGUGGAUGUGGCCCUCUGGCAGUGGUGGCUGCCGUGUUUUGGACUCAGUGCUUUCUUCUGGACGGGGUGGAAGCCAGGAAGGAGCGAAAGAGGCCAAAGGAGGCUGCGCCGCAACACACAGAGGCGUACAAUGUGACUCUGUCCAACAGCGAGGAGGUCGGCGGAGGCAUCAAGACUUCUGAUCACCAACGGGUGGAUCCACUAGGGUCAUGGAUGGAUUUUGUCAAGCGACCAGUUGGAAACCUCCCCAGAAAGUGCCGCAAACGCAGACCAGCUCUGCCUGGACCACCGGGUCCUCCAGGUCCACCGGGCCCUCAAGGACCUCCUGGCUUUCCAGGGGCUGAAGUGACCCAGGAAGUUCUUUUGCAGGAGUUCAAAGACAUGAUUAAAGAGGCUACAGAAAGGAGGGCAGCGGCACUUGACAGGCAAACAAGCCCCAGCCAGCAACCUACAGCCCUCCUGACACUGGAGGGAAUGGCCUCCCACCGCCGAAUACAAGAAGCUUUCCACUGCAAGCUCAAGGGACCUGUGGUGGUGGACAAGAAGACGCUGGUGGAGCUCCAGAACUUUCAGACACCGCCUGCUAAAGGAGCUUUCCUCAGGGGAAAAGGAAUGGACCAGUCAACAGGGAGGUUCACAGCCCAAAUCACUGGGAUAUACCAGUUUUCUGCUAAUGUCCUCAUCGAUCACAAUGAGGUGAAGAGGAGCAAAAGUCAGCUUAAAGCCAGAGACAACGUCCGUGUGUUGAUCUGCAUCGAAUCACUCUGCCACAGAUACACUUCACUUGAAAUGAUCGUUGGAUUAGAAAGCAACAGCAAGAUAUUCACUGUGAAUGUUCAGGGUCUGCUGGAGCUACAGGUUGGCCAAUACACUUCCAUAUAUGUGGAUAACGCAGCUGGUGCUUCCAUUACAAUACAAAGCGGUUCGGAUUUCAUGGGCAUACUGCUUGGUGAAUAGCCUCACACUGGAAAAGGGCAUCCCCAAGCCAUCCACUGGUGUCUUAUGGUUCUUUGUAUCUUUGAAUGAACUGCCUCUUAAAACCAUGACACAAGACAAAAACCACAAGGGACUUUUGAAGGAGAGAUGAAUGGCUAAUAUUGACUUUACUGCCCAUCAGAUGGUGAAAGGACACUGUGAAGAACUUCAAGGCUGAGCUUGUUUUUCACAAUGCACUGCCACUUCCAUGGGGAACCUGGAUGCAUGCUGCCUCACGUAUGACAUAACCUGAACAUGAAAUGGAGAUUAUGUUUGCAUCAGUAUAUUCUUAAGGCUUUUUUAAGACCUUUGCAGUAAACCAAACAUUAUUCUUGUUCACUGUUGUUGGUGGAAAAGCUAAAGAACAUGAACUAUCACAGUCAUCUGUUUAAUAUAUAUUGAUAUGUAAUUGUUUUGUCUACAGUAUUUGUCAUUUACACGCUUGUGAGAUGGUAUAUGUUUUUGGAUUUAAAUUCACAAUUUUAUAUAAAUAUAUGUAUAUUAUAUCGUGCAUAGACUCUGUGAGUACACUGGAUGAUUGAUGCUGGAUAGGCCUCAUAAUUUGGCAUCAUACAGACAUGAGAAAAACUAAGUACACCCAUAUAAUUCAAUAGCUUGCAGAACCCCAUAUUUCCUGUAAUUGAAAAGCUAGUAGCAGCAAUAAUUCAGUCUUUUUCAUGUAUUGCCACUUUGUCCACUCUGCUUUUUAGCAUUUCUUCAGUCUGUUGAGUUUUGUGGGAAAUCAUUUAUCUCUCAAGGCUCUGCAGUUUUGAUGUCUUGAUCACUUUCUUUUUCAGGUCUUCUGUAGUUGUGUUUGAGAGCAUUUUCAUGUUAAUGUGUCAGACAGAUGGUUUUACAUUUGGCUGCAAAAUAUUUUGGCAUAGAGAGGAGUUCAUGGUCAGAUUAAUAUCUACAAGUCUCCUAGUUCAUGCAGAAAAAGCCCAAAACAUCAGGAAACGCAUAAUAUAAUAAACUCUUACAGGACAAUUAUUUUAGCAAAAUUGUGCUUUCCACUUUUAUCUGGAAGUCAAAAUUUCUGAGUUCCAUGUCAGAAUAAUCAAUUGGGUUAUUGGUUUCAUACCAAUUAUGAAAAUCCAAUAUGGCUGCUGUGUACACAAAAUUCAUUAUGGUUCCAAUUGUACAUCACCACACUUCCUGUCCUCCUCUCCAGGGGACACACAGAACAGCAAUAACUAGACACUGCUACUGAAAUGGUGUCACAUUUUUCUUUUAAUAUAUAUAUGAAACAGGUCUAUGGGCUGCUGUGAACACUUUGAAUAAGACACAAUUACAUGAGGUGAGAUGAUUUACCAGUAAUAAUCCAAAAUAGAGACAAAGGAUAACAAAGGAAUUACCAAAAUAAUCUGGUGGGUAAUAAUACUUUCUCCAAUAGUGUGUUGCUACGGUUACAUGCAUUGGUAUUCCUAUGAAAAAGGCCAUGGAGAAGAUUACGAAUGCACUCAUCAAAUUCAGCUGGGUGUGUAGCAGACCAGCUAUUUCAACAAAAGCGAAGGAGACGGUGGUGGUGUUUUUAUGUGGGAUUUUGGGGUAAUUUGCUUUCAUUCCAAAGAUUAAAAAAUAACUUUGUUGUUGUUUCCAGCUUUUUUUCUGCCUUGGCCUCCAUUCAAACUUGCAUUGUAAAUGUCCAUUGUCCAGUUUUUAGAAUGAGAAGCCUUGGUUGAUUUUUGUCCUUCCUUGCCAUGUACCGUAGAUGUACUAUCAUGGCAAUGUCCCCAUAAUUUUUGAUAAAAUGCCAAUAACUUGGAGCAAAACUGAAAUUUUGAAGACCAAUCAGUAAAAAUUUCAACUGAAAUCCUUUGAUAUCAAAAAGCAGUGUUUGUUGGUUAUUGUUUUAUGUUUUUGUGCAACAAAAAUGUGUGCUACUAAUUAUUUACAAUAAAAAAGCAGCAAAAAAAAUGUUAUCAACAUCAGUUGCUGAUAAUAUUCAUUAAACCAUCAUUUUAUAUUCAACCUUUAAAUUCUCUUGAAUCUCAGUUGUUUCCUUUGCUCACAUAUACUGUGUCAUAAAACACCCAAAUUGCCAAUAAAGCUGCUCUCAUUCAUCUAC